AACACAUCAGACUAGCUUCUCUUCUACAGUAAGACCAAUAACUUUGUUUGUACUUUAAUUUCACUGUUAACAAUGUAGUUCAUAUAUUGAUGACUACAAAUCCUAUCAAGAUAAGUAUUUUGGUUUUCUCGGUUUAAAUACCAUUAAAUACCAAUGUUGUGGUUUUUUCAUACUGAUGUAUUUUUCCUUUUAUGUACUUUUGAAAUUUGAUCUUUUUUUUUUAGCUGCAGGUGAGUUUAAAUAUCUCACCAGAACUACAAAGUGAGAGAGUAGAGGACCAGAGAACUAUGAAUUUGCCAUUUCUAGCUAUCCUUCUGUCAUUACCAGCGCUCCAGAGUAAUUAUGACUAUGCAGUUAAUUACGCAUCUACUGAUGUCUGCGCAUUAAGAGAAUCAACGGUUGACAUCCACUGCACCUAUAAAUUCCCUUAUAACGACCAUUACAACGUCACAACACUGUGGUUUACUAAAGGAGCGACCGAUAAGCCAGUUAAUCUGAUAAAUGAUACUGACCACGCAUGUCGUUUUGAAAACAGCUGCGGAACGAUAAGAUGUAAGUCGUACAGCUGUUAUGGAACAUGUACCUUGAGAAUCAAAGACUUGAGACAGAGUGACUCUGCUGAGUACAAGUUCAGGUUCAUAACAAACAUAAAAGGUGGGAAGUGGAGUGGCGUCCCUGGAGUGAUGUUAUCUGUGACAGACCAGGUGAAGGUGUCCUUUCCUUCCUCUACUCAUCCUACCAGGGCAAACAUGACAUGUCGCAGUAUGUGUAGUCUAGCUGGUGGUUUUACCUACAUCUGGUUCAGGAAUGGACAGUAUGUAGAACAGGGGAUCUACUACAAAGGCAACAUUAGUUCUGAAGACAACUAUGCAUGUGCUGUUAAAGGAAACAAACAUCUCCACUCUCCUUUAGUGUACGCUCCAAAGACCCCCUCAGUGACCAUGAGUCCCUCCGGGGAAAUAGAGGAGGGCAGCUCAGUGACUCUGAGCUGCACCAGUGAUGCCAACCCAGCAGCUGACUACACCUGGUUCAAGGAACAUGAAGACUCAGUGGGACAAUCAGGACAGAACUACACCAUCACUAAUAUCACAUCUGAGCUUGGAGGAAACUAUUACUGCCAACCCUGUAAUGCAAUUGGACGUCAUAAUUCCACCUUUUUGUUCAUUGAUGUGAUAGAGUUGACAUCAUCAUCACAGACAACAGCAGUAGCAGUAGGAACCAUUGGUGUCUUACUGGCCACCAUACUCCUCCUAGUCUUCCUCUGGAUGAGAACAAAGAGGGCCUCCAGAACCAGUGGACAGGGAGGGAGUACAGAAACCGUCGAGGAGCCAUUUCCUGUUCCGGUGUAUGACAACCUCUCAGCUCUGACCAUUAGCUCAGCUCCUGCAGUACAGAGAGAACUAAUAGAAGAUCAGGAUGACCUUCACUAUGCCAGCGUCCACAUCUCUCACUCAGAGAACCAGGAAGUGCCUCGCUGUUUGGCUGGCUCCUGUGUCCAAUCAGAUCAGACGGAUGAGGUCCUUUACUCUGUGGUCAACUUCAAAAGACACAACGCUGUGACUGAGGCCUGUGACCAGAGAGAGACUGGAAAAACCUCAGAUUAGGACAAGAAAAAAACCCAGGGGGUGAACGUGAACCAGUAGCGGCAGCAGGAUUUCAAUAGUGGGAUAGUGUCUCAUCGUUCAGUUUAAACAGGAAAAUACGCUGGCUGAUUGUUUGCUGUAUGUCCUAUGGUGCUUAAUUUCCUUUGCUGAAUACUUGCCACCAAUGGUUAUACAAGAUCUGAGGAUUUUUUUUUGUUAUUUUUACUUAUUUACUUAAUUGUUCCACUUGUGAAGGCCACGAGCGAGGUCACAUUUUAACGCGUGACUGUUGCUCUUGUUGACGUUGCUCCGCUUCAUCGCUUCUAUCUGCUUGUUCCUUGAUUGUACUGCACCUGUAAGGGUCUUAAAUAACAAUACCGGUCAUUGUGAUCUAACCAUCAUAGCCAUCUCCUGUCUGCACUAAAUCAUUCUUCUACAGAAAAUAUAUUUUCCCCAUUUUAAUAAAUUUCGACAAUUAAGUCACAAAGAACUGUGUUCAGCCAGUGAAUCAGAAACAUUUGAGACCCAAACGGAACCACUGUGCCUUUGAUUGGAUGUGUGCUGUAUAGUUUACAUUACAAGUCUGUACGCUGACUACUUCUAUAUCAGUAAAAGUUGAUAUUUGCAUUUUAGUAAUCAUUGUUUUGAGUGGUGUGAUCCUGUAAUCGACAUUACGAUAAUAAAUAAUAAAUAAAAGCUUAAUAUUAUUGUGGAUUAUCACUGGAUUAUUCUGUCGUGUUCUUUAAGAAAGUAGCCUAA